GGCAAACAGCUGAGUUUGUUGUUCUCGUUUAACUUGAUUAUUUAACACGCUUAAAAAAUGAAUUUUAUGUGGAAAGGACGCCGGUUUCUGAUCGCAGGUAUCCUGCCAACUUUCCAAGGCGCCGCAGAUGAAAUAGUCGAUAAGGAAAAUAAAACCUACAAGGCUUUUCUGGACAGUAAACUACCAGAAGAAACGGGACUGGAGCGCCUCAAACAAAUGUUUUCAAUCGACGAGUUUGGCAGCAUAUCCUCCGAGCUUAACUCUGUUUAUCAGGCCGGCUUCCUGGGAUUCCUCAUUGGAGCAAUUUACGGCGGAGUUACACAAUCGCGCGUGGCCUACAUGAAUUUCAUGGAGAACAACCAGGCCACAGCCUUUAAAUCGCACUUUGAUGCCAAGAAAAAGUUGCAAGAUCAAUUCACAGUCAACUUCGCCAAAGGCGGCUUCAAAUGGGGCUGGCGAGUGGGACUUUUUACCACAUCCUACUUCGGCAUCAUCACCUGCAUGUCGGUGUACCGUGGAAAAUCCUCAAUCUACGAAUAUUUGGCCGCUGGUUCUGUCACCGGCUCGCUGUACAAAGUGAAUCUGGGUCUGCGGGGCAUGGCGGCAGGUGGAAUCAUUGGAGGUUUCUUGGGCGGCGUGGCUGGUGUGACGUCGUUGCUGCUGAUGAAGGCAUCCGGGACCUCGAUGGAGGAGGUUCGCUACUGGCAGUACAAAUGGCGACUCGAUCGCGACGAAAACAUUCAACAGGCGUUCAAAAAACUGACAGAGGACCAAAACCCAGAGCUUUUCAAGGCCCACGACGAGAAAACAUCCGAACAGGUAUCGCUGGACACGAUCAAGUGAGUCGCGAAGGCUUAAAGAAGACGCCAGUGUAAACUUAGUUGUUUUUUUAAUUUAAAUAAAUUGCAUAUAUGUCCAUCUAAAGUUA